UGCUUUGUUGUGAUGAUGACGUUCUUUUCGAGGUCACGGGACUAGCGGAACUACGAGUGACCUUGACCAGAUCGGUCAUCGGUGAUGUCAUGCCCCUGGAUGACGAGCCUCGAUCGGUUGCGACAUGUCACUCCCGCACCCAGCCAUCUCCAUGCAUACCUCGACCGCUGGACGAGUAUAUAGUCGGAGCUCGAACUCGGUCGACCUUGAAAUUCCCCUCGACUAACUCCCAUUCACAUAACACAUCAACACGCGCUCUGCCUCCUCUACCCACUUCCAAUACUAAACAACAACCCAUUCACAAACAUGUCUGACGAUGCCCGAGGACCUCAGCAGGGAGCUUCCAACCCUGAGACCCACCUUACCAAGGACGGCAAGCCUGACCAGCGCUUCAAGGAGAACGGCGGUGGUCAGCAGAACGUUGGCACCGAGUACAUCGAGGAGGGAGAUGGUACCUCCCGAUUGGCUACCGAGAAAGGUCAAUCGAGCACCGACCAGUACAAGCCUUCCGAGCACGGUGGAAAGACCAAGGACGGCAAGGACGACAAGAGGAUGUCGUCGGACCACGGGUUCGGAUCAGCCGAGGGUGCUGAUCCCCAUGAGGCGGGUGCCAAAGGCGGGAGUGCGAGCUACGAGAACGGUGGAUUGACUCAGUAGACGUACGGAGAGGAUGGCAACGUGAAGGAGAUUAGCCCGCGGGGCAAUGUAUAAAGUAACACUACAGUGGAAAUCAAUCGAGAUAUUUUUCGA